AUGGCGAUAUCUCAAGUCAACCAGGUCGCCAUUGCCCAGAUCUGCGUCUACGUUCCGGCCCUCGCCAUCGCCAUUGUGCUCGCUCUUAGACACGGCUUCCGCCGUAGCUCAGGCUGGCUCUACCUGAUUCUCUUCUGUCUCAUCCGUGUUGUCGGCGCCUCGAUGCAGCUGGCCACCAUCAACGACCCCACCAACUCUGACCUCUACGUCGGUGCCUUUACCCUCAACAGCAUCGGCCUGUCUGCUCUCAUCCUCAUCAUGUUGGGCCUGACCACCCGCCUGUCACAGAGCAUCCAGCAGAGCCAGACCCUGCUCAUCAACCCUCGCAGCCUGCGGCUCGUCCAGACCGUAGUCAUGGUUGGUCUCAUCCUGGGUAUUGUCGGCGGCACCCAGAUGGGGGACCAGAUCUCAAACAUGUUCAAAAACCCCGGCCAAACCACCUACGACGUGCCCCAGCUCAGCAAAGUCGGCGUCGGGCUCAUGAUCGGGGGCUACGGCAUCCUGGUCAUCGCCAACGCCAAGCUCGGCACGCAGAUCUCGCACGCAGAGCCCGGCGAGAAGAGGGUCCUCAUCGCGAUCGCCGCCGCCAUGCCAUUUGUGCUCGUCCGGCUCAUCUUCUCGGCCAUGGCCACGUUCACGACCAACAGAAACUUCAGGUCCUUUGGUGGCAGCCCGGACUACAUCCACUACUUCAUCGGGAUGGCUGUCGUGAUGGAGAUGGUCGCCAUAGCGAUCUUCGAAGGCGUGGGCUUGACGCUGCAGAAGAAGCCAGUGAAGAAGGGCUACACGGUUCCGAUGGGUAAUCGUGUGCCGCAACAGGGACAACCGCAACAGCCUCAGCCGUAUCAGUCGCAGUAUCCGCCCCAAUCGCAGCAGCAAUGGGGGACUCGUCAGGCAGAGCACGUGUAA